AUGGCGGCAGGUCGACGGCGCAAGCCACAGGAGUUUUUGCUGGCGGACGGACGGCGAGUAUUAGUGGCACUGCCAGAGGAGGCAGAGGUGCUGCGCGCAAAGUACAAGGGAGUGCAGCGGGAGCAGCAGGCGGACGGAGGGGGAGUACAGGUGGAGGUUGUGGUUCACGGGUCGGCAGAGCACCAGCAGUAUCUCCAAGAGAAGCGGGACCAUCAGCAGGCGCGACGGGAGGCGCUGCGAGCACAGCACGGAUCGGCGUUCUUUGAUGAAUGGGACCGGGUGACGGCGGAGCUUUCGCAGGCGUCGGAUGAGCUGUCGCGGCUAUCGGACCAGUCAGCGAGUCUUGGGGAACACUUUUCCAAGUUUGGAUACAGCGCGACGCUGCGGACAUUUGGGGGAGACGAGGGCGAGGGCAGCGGACACGGGAGCCGGCAGAUCAGCCGGUUGACAUCGCGGGCGAACAGUCUAGGCAGCAGCUCGGGCGAUGGCGAAGAGUCGGAGGAAGACAAAGUUGGCAUGCCGACAUGGCACGAUACAAGCAGCGGCGAGGGGAUGCGGAUCUUUGAGCGGCCGACAGUGAAGCAGUACUUCCAUCGGGGGCUGCUGUGGCGGGCGAGCUCGUUGACAGAGGUGCAGAGCUUCGAGUUGUUUUUCGACUUGAUGUACGUUGGGAUCAUUGCGAUCAACGGCGAUCAUGCGGCCGAGUCAGCAAACGGGUUUGAGCUGCUGCGAUUUCUGGUGACGUUCUGUCUGAGCUGGAAGAUCUGGAGCGACGUGACGCAGCUGGUGAGCUGGUUCCAGAACAACGACGUGAUGAGCCGGGUGGCGCUGCUGUUCCUGUUCUCGUGCCUACUGGCGGUGACGUCGAACAUGGCGCAGACGUUUGGGGGAUGGGGGGAGACAUCAGAGAGCUCGACCGGGUCCGUGGCGGAGAGGACGACGGAAGCGGGUGCAGAAAGCACGGAGUCACCAGACACAUCGGACACGUAUCGGGCGCUAGCAGCCUACUACGUGACGGCACGGCUGUUCAUGGCGCUGUGGUGCGCGCUGAUGGGGCUGCUGGUGCCGCUGGUACAGGGCACGAUGGCGUGCCAGGUGGUGCUGUCGGUGGUGGCAGCGGCGCUGUGGAUAGCGAGCAUGCACCUGGAGCUGCCGGUGCGGCUGGCGUGCGUGUUUGUGGUGCUGGCGUUUGACCUGUUUGGCGGGGCGCUGGUGGUGGGCGCGUUCCGGUACGCGACAGGACACGCGCAGACGCGCGUGGGACGCGCGCUGGUGGCACGGGUCUUUGACUUUUACCCGGCCGUGAGCAUCGAGCACAAGGUGGAGCGGACGAACGCAUUCAUGACGCUGGUGCUGGGCUACUCGGUCGUGGGGGUGUUGUUCCAGAACGGCCGCGGCUACGGGCUGCACGCGUUUCUGGGCAAGGCCGUGCUGGGCCUGGUGCAGGCCUUUGUGCUCAACUGGCUGUACUUUGACGUUGACGGCGCGGCCGCCGCGAUCCACGUGCACGCGAUUCGCCGCGGUGCCGAAUCGGCAUGGCUCUGGCAGAAUGCCCAUCUGCUCUUCACGUUGGCCUUUGUGCUGUCGUCGGCCGCUCUGUCGCGCCUGGUCGUGGCCACCGACUGCGCCAACGCGCCGCUCGACAGCCUCACACCGGCCUUUCAGGCCAAGGCCACGUCCCAUCUCGGCCUCGGCCUGCGCCUCUACUACAGCACCGGUCUCGGCGUCGCCUUGGCGGCCUACGCCCUCAUCGCUGCCACCCACGUCCACAAGGCCACGCCGCACUGCCGUCUGACCAAGCCGCUGCGUCUGGCCAACCGGCUAGCCGUCGCCGCCGUCCUCUGUGCCCUGCCCGCUGCCCGCCACCUGUCGUCGCUGCAGCUCGUCGCCAUCGCCACCGGCCUGCUCGUCUGGGUUCUCGCAUUCGAGGUCUGGGGCACGUCCGAUCGUGGCGAACCGCUCUUUGCCCUGGAUGUGGCCGCGGCCGACGGUCCGACGUCCUCUCUUCCUCGCUACACGGCCCGCUGCAGCGAGCGGCGCCUGCAACAGGCACUGCGGGCGGCGCGCGCAGACGACGAAGAGCAGCCCCAGGUGGAUAUCAACGUGCUGAGUCGGGGGGAGAAGCACGGGGCCGCUCUGAUGGAUUAG